UAGGGUAUCAGUGUUUUGGCGCGGGUGUCCACGCCAUCGCCAUAGUCAGGCGGAGAUAUGCAUCGACAUCGCCAGUCCGUAGCCUCCAGUCUGAGUGAUGACAGCGACAUUGCCGAAAUACGACAGGCGCAGAAGUCCAAGCGAAGUUCGCUCUACGGGCCUCUCCGGGUAGCCAGGCUAUGUGUACUGAGUAUCAUAGUACCUGGCCUACUGCUCAGCAUACCACUGUAUAUGAGGUACAAUGUUUACAUACAACAAGCCUACCCUGUGGGUAUGAGUGAUGUGAGACUAUUGGAUAACAGGAUUUCUACUUUGUGGUGUCAGCGCCAAGUGGUGUGGUCAAAUGCAACGUUUAACGCCUACCUCAUGUCAGAACAGCCAGAGAUGAGGCCGGACACUGUGAAAGUUGCGAUGACUCGACAUCUAGUGUUGGAAGAUGACAUGAAGGAGUAUUGGGGAUUCUACCUGCUAAAGGGAUCCACAGUCACGGUGUCUACUUGUGUGAGAUGGCCGGGAGCCAGCCUCAUCAUGAUCCGUGGUCACAAACACCUCAAACAAUGUGCCUAUAUCGGUGACGACUCAUCCGAGGAACUAGACGAGCUGUUUGAAGGCGACGGAAACAACUCUGUGUCUGCUGAUUACGACAUCUCAAACAAACCAACCAGCAUGAAGAAAGUGAGUGACGGAAUCUUCAUUGAUCAGAAGACUGAAGAACACAUUGACAUCUCAUCCCAAUCACAUCAUCAUAGACCACCUCACUCGGCAGUAGUGGAGGAGGCGCUGAAGAAUAAUUGGAAAGUGGACAACAAGAAAGAUCAGAAUGUACACUUGGUCUACGCAGAACAGCUUAUCAACCCGAAGAAAACAAAAGACAAAGAGGAAUACAAGAUCAACCCGAACGUGGUCAACAUUCCUGCAACUACGACAGAAAAAUCAAAAACCUCGGGAGAAGUAUACAACGAAAUGCUGGAGCAGCUUAAGAAAAUGGGUCCGAAAGGUAAGGUGAUGCUGGACCAACUGAAGAAGAAACUGAGCGAGGAGGUAAAAACUAAUGUGACUAAGAUUAAUGCUACGGAGGAAACUUCUGAGAAGCCUUUAGAGAAGGAAACCAUGCUGGAUAAGUUGACAAAAAUCAAUCCAGCGAGUAAUAAGAAUGAUCUGAAGAACAAAAAGCGAAGGAGAAGAGAAAUCCCAACGCCCUCCAAAACGGUUUCACAAUUGCAAAGACACGAUGAAGCUGCUGACCAUGCAGGAGAAGAAGGGGUAGAGCAUCAGCCCGAUGGCGUGGCGGAAAUCCGAGGUCACUUUAACCAGUCAACUCCUAACGACACGUCCAAGAGCGAGUACUGGUCCUCAUUCUCGUCAAGUGAGGAGAAACUUCUCGAGUGUGAGGGGCUCCUGCUCAACCUCCCCCUCACUCCUCACCCUGUGUGUGAAGCUCACAGACCUGAGAAUGUUCUCGCGAGGGCUGCCAGUAUCAACACGGUUUCGUACAAAGUUCCAAGCAACGGAUAUUACUUCUUUGUCUUCAACAGCGAGAACGAGGUUCAGCCGAACUUUCUGAGCAUACAUUUCCGUCUAGAGAAGACCACUUACAAUGUGUCCAACGCAGUUGCUUCCUGCCGCAACCAGACUGGGUCAUGUUCCUUGCCUCUUAGGUUCUGGUCCAAGGAUAAGGUCAUCUUGGAACUCCCAGUUAAAUCUAAUGACACCCUGUGGAAUGAAGAGUUCCUUGCAGUAUCUACCUGUGAGCCUAGGACCGCUCUCUACGUAGUCUGCGUCCUUGCUGUACCUCUACUCAUCAUCCUGUUUGCUUUUCAGUAAACACUUGUUUUAGUGAUAGGUUGAGUCGACUUUGAGUGUUCCAAAUAGUUUUAUCCCUCCACCUCUGAUUGGUCCUGAUCUGACUUAGAUUUUCGUAGUUCAAAUUGAAAACAAUAUGUUGCUACAAUAGUGUUACCUGUCUUGGACUUCGGUGCAAAGGUGGUUAAAUUUUGGCUAUCCAUAAAAAAGUAUCAGUUUGGACAAAUUUCCCUUAAAAGCAUUUGGGAUUCUUGGAUAAAAAGUUCUACUGGCAUAAAAGGCCAAGCGAGUCAAGACUUGUUUUAGGGAGUAAAGAUAAACUGUAGUCUAUCCUGCUGUGAUAUUGAUUGAGUUUAAUCUUUUACUUGCCUACGAAAAUGAGUUUUUUUUACCAAAAAGCUUUACAGGAAUUAAAAAAAUGCAGAAUUUUUAAUAUUCUUUUUUAAUUUUUAAUAUCCUUUUUGCAACACUUCAGACAUAUAAUGCAUGACUAUUAUAAGUGUUCAAAGAUUAACAUCUAUUAUUAUUAGUAUUUCAAACAGUUUACAUUUGAGUCAAUACAUCCAAGAAAAUUUGCCCAGUAAAUGGCAAUCAAGUUAUUUCUGUAGCGUAGAGUCUAAUUGGAAUCACCACUAGCAAUCAACUAGAGCUGGAAAAGGACUCAACCCAUCACUAAAUAACAUUCUCAUGUUUUAUUGAUAUAAUUUUGCGUCAAAUCAUGAAAACCUGUGAAUAAUCAAUAUUCAGGGCUCAACUAAUUUAAGUGGAAAGUUACUUUUUGUGGGAAACAGAGGAUAACGUCUUUUUCACACUCUAAAGGGUAAAAGAUAGAAAAAGUAAAAAGUAUAUGCUUCUAUUUUUUAUAAGAAAUAUUUUUCAAAUCGUAAUUUUAAAAGUAUUUACAGUAGCAAAAACUAAUAAAUUUGGUGUAACUUUAAAUUUAAACAUAUUUUUACUCCAUGACCUCUGGCAAAAGUGACUGAUUAUGCGACUUUCUUUUAGAAAGUGGUGAUUGAACAGGAAAAAACUUUAUUCCGUUAUUCUAUAACGUAGUAUUCUAGAAAUUGUGCUUACAAAAAUAUAGCUUUGCUUCUGUAUCAUAGUAUUGAUCUGUGUAAAUCAUUACUGUAUAGAACUGAUAUUUAAAGUUAUCGUAAUUCUACAUAAAACUUACUUUGGACAUCAAGUGAGUUUUCAUUACCAUCCAAAGAUACUCCAAACCUUUGUACCUCAUUAAGUAUCAUUACAUCUUGAUAUAUCGUCAUUGUGUUUGUAUUCUGUGAUAUUCUGUAAAUUUUUGUAAAUAUGUGUACAGUGUAUUUUUAUAUUUAUAAGUAUUUGAAAAUAAACUAUAUAUUUGUUAUUU